AUGUCCUUAUCCGUGUACAACCGUCACACGUCACGGUCGUACACCAUCGAAAUUUCCACCCACAAGACGAUAAGAGUUGGCAGAGUGAAAGCUCCAGAAAUCUGUGCUAGCGAGUGCGUGGUAGACGAUCCUCAAGUGAGCUCGACCCAUUGUUUUAUCUGGAGUGUCUGCUUCGACGAGUCGACAGCACCGUUGACGUAUAUACAGGACAUCUCACUCAAUGGGACAUUUAUCAACGGGAGAAAACUUCAAAAAGGAUUUACAAUACUGAGCGACCGAGAUCUGAUUGAGAUCGGUGACCAUCUUAGCUUACGCUACACAGGCGACAGUCUUAAAGAAGAAGUGGUAUUAGAGGAGCAUGGCUGGAAAGUGAUCUCUCAAGUAAUUGGAAAGGGUACUUUUGGGAAAGUGCAACUUGCAACCAAAAACUCAGCAUUCUACGCAGUCAAAGUUCUCAAUUGCGCAACAGCUUCUAAGGAGAACCAAAUACUGACACAGAUUGACCAUCCAAACAUUGUCAGAGUUCACGAGUGUAUGAAUGCCAACGGCAGUCUUCGGAUCUAUGAAGACUUGGCUACUGGAGGAGACCUAUUUUCCUACAUGGCACAAGGCAACGAUGUGCUCCGACCGGUCUCGGAGACACAGGCGUUACUGAUUGUUUACCAAGUGCUCAAAGCUUUGGAAUACCUGCACUCUCGCGGGAUUGUGCACCGAGACCUGAAGCUUGACAACAUUUUAAUAAGAAGAGCGCCUGUUCGGUAUCCUUACGUGGUUCUGGCUGAUUUCGGAGCUGCCCGGCGACUUGAUGCACAAAGAACCAAGCGAUCGGCCAGAAGAAUGUUUACAAUGGUAGGGACUCCGGAAUAUGCGGCGCCAGAAAUCGACCUCAUGCAGCCACGGAGCACCAAGGGGUACACCAAUAAGGUGGACAUUUGGUCUCUAGGAGUGAUUACAUACAUUCUGCUUACCGGCGUGUCUCCUUUCUACUCCCCUUGCAUCGAAAAAACCACCAUCAAGGUUCGGCAGGGAGACCUGCUACUCAAGAUCGAAGAAUGGAGCAAGAUCUCUAUCGAAGCAAAACAGUUCGUCAAAGGAUGUUUACGUGCCAAAGUGUUGCAGAGGCUAGACGUAUCAGGGUGUUUGGAGACAGACUGGAUCAAUAAGCGUUCGCAUAUAGAGUGGCUGGAGAAAUGCUACCGCGUUAUUUUGGGCCAAUGA